CUCCAAGAAGAAGAAGAACAUUGACUUAACAAUGGCAGGACUGGAUAAUCACAGUCAAAGUAGUACUGUUAUGAAUCCUCACGCUCAUGUAUUCGUGAAGUGUAAUUUCUGCAACAAAGACUUCACCAAAGACUGGAGCAGGAAAAGACAUGAAAAGAAAGUUCAUGGUGUAAACACCACAGACAACUAUGAAGUGGCAGAGAUAACAGUUCCUGAUGCUUCAAAAGUGUGCACUUACUGCGAUAAAGUUUUUUCCACCUCCUGUAACAAACGAGCUCAUGAACGUCGACAGCAUGGUGUGAACCCUGGCCCUGUAUCCCAUUCAGAUGGCCCAACUAUUGUGCAAUGUACAGAAUGCAAUGUGACUUUUGCUACCCUUACUGCUUACAGGGAACACCUUUCUUUAGUCCAUGACAUUGAGAUUCACAAAGCUCAGCAUGAGUUUACUUCUGAGGAAGAUUUCUUGAGAUGGAAAGACUGUAUGGAACUGGACAUUGGAGUCAAUUACACGGCUCAUUCUGGACCAAAGAAAUCAUGUGAUGGCACCAAACAGAUAUUCUACUGUCGAAGAUCAGGUGUUCAGUCAACGAAGAUUUCCAGUAAGAGUCGUGCAGAAAAGAGCCAAGGUACCUGUAAGAUGGGGUUUUACUGCACCUCAUCAAUUGAAGUUGUGAAGAAGGAUGAAAAGAUUUGUGUGACCUUUUACUCUGACCAUCGUGAUCACAACCUUGAUUUUAACAGCCAGGUUCACAUGACACUUCCCAAGAGUGAACAGGAUAAGAUUGCAGCUUGUGAUGAAAUCAUCAUAUCUGCAAAGCGUAAGUGUAAAUUUUCUUUUAUCUCAACAUGUAUUUCCUUACCUACCACUCAAACUCAUAAGCCCCAGUACAUUGUUAUGCUUAUGAUGAUUAUAGUGCAUUUAUUAGCAGACAUGGGGUAAUCAUUAUCUGUGCUGACAGUGGACCUCCAACUUGCCAAGAGUUAGAAAUCUAUUGUAUGAGUAUGUACCGUAUGAACUAUUAAUAUUGUACUACAUUACUAAUAAAUACUGCACAUGCAUUUCGGCACUUUCUUUCAAAAUGUUGUGGUACAGUAUAAAUUGAUAUUAUUCAUAUCAUAUUUAGUAAAUAUGGUAAACGAGUAUGAAAUGUGCAAGUUCACCUUUUAGCUCUUCCUAUAAUCACGACUGUAAUUAUGAUUAAUACAGCAAGUAAUUGUAAUCAUAAUC